AACCAGUAGGUUCCGUCAAGCGUCUGAUGAAAUUUAGGGCAUGCGUAGUAAUGACAUCCGGUUUGGCCGGCAAUUUUCCUUAAAAUUAUGCCUUUGCCAAUUCAACAAGGAUUAUUUCAGGCUGCAGUUGAGCCAAUGCAGGUUGAUACUGCUCCAGAAGAAAAUGACAAUAUUGAAGAUGUCCAAUACAUUGUUGAAGCAACAUCACUGGAUUUGGAGCAGUAUGCCAGCCAGUAUACAGGCCUGGCCAAGUUGAACCGGUUACGAUUUAUUGCUGACCACUGUCCACCACUAAAGUUAGAUGCCCUCAGAAUGGCUUUAUCAUAUGUGAUGACCACCUAUAAUACAAACAUGUACCAACAAAUAUAUAGAAAACUACAGGAAGCCGUUUCAUCAAAUUCCAGUUUACCUGAUGCAGUAGCUGGAGCCAUACACAAUGUAACACCACUUGAUGCACAGUGGAUUGAAACUACAGCAAAGAAAGCAGCACUGAAGCUGGAAAAAUUAGAUACAGACUUGAAAAAUUAUAAAAGCAAUUCCAUUAAAGAAAGUAUUAGACGUGGUCAUGAUGAUUUAGGGGAUCAUUAUUUGGACUGCGGUGAUCUAAGUAAUGCGUUGAAGUGCUAUUCUAGGGCAAGAGACUAUUGUACUAGCCCAAAACAUGUUGUAAAUAUGUGUCUAAAUGUCAUAAAGGUGAGUGUGUAUCUACAGAAUUGGUCACAUGUACAGAGUUAUGUAAAUAAAGCAGAAAGCACGCCAGAAGUAACAGAGCAUGGGAAAGAUGGUGGACAGUCAGUGUUAACCAAAUUACGUUGUGCUGCUGGACUUGCAGACCUUGCUACAAAAAAAUACAAAUCAGCUGCCAAAUAUUUCCUUCUAGCUAGUUUUGAUCACUGUGAUUUUCCAGAGUUGUUGUCACCACAUGAUGUGGCAACAUACGGUGCGCUGUGUGCCUUGGCUUCGUUUGACAGACAGGAGUUACAGAAAAAUGUCAUAUCUAGCAGUUCUUUCAAGUUGUUUUUAGAGCUUGAACCCCAACUUCGUGAUAUUAUCCACAGAUUUUAUGAAUCCAAUUAUGCAUCUUGUCUAAAAUUGCUAGAUGAAUUAAAGGAUACUUUAUACUUAGAUAUGUACCUAGUUCCCCAUGUUAAAACAUUGUACUCCCAAAUUAGAAACCGAGCAUUAUGUCAGUACUUUAGUCCAUACUUGUCCGCUGAUAUGUCCAAGAUGGCCCUGGCAUUCAACACAACUGUUUUAGAUCUAGAAGAUGAACUCAUGCAGCUUAUUUUAGAUGGUCAAAUCAAUGCCAGAAUAGAUUCUCAUAGCAAGAUUUUAUAUGCAAAAGACACUGAUCAACGCAGCACAACUUUUGAGAAGUCAUUUUUGAUGGGAAAAGAAUACCAGAGACGAACAAAAGCCCUUAUACUUAGAUCAGCUGUAUUAAAAAACCAAAUUAAUGUAAAGUGUCCUCCUCGAGAAGGUGGUCAGGGUGGGGAAAUGUCUAUAGCUCCAGGAAAUGCUUCGUCGGCAAGAAACUGAAUGGAGGGGAAAAAACAUUUAUACAGAACCUCAGAUUGACAAGUCUUUCAUGGAUACACACGGCUCCAAUAUUCAGUACAUACCAGAGAUGCUGAGAUCCAUUCCCUGAAUAUAGUGUAUACGAUAAAUGUAUCGUAUCAUAGUGAAGUGUUCACAUCGCUUUAGGAAGUGACCUAGUUUUAAAGAAAAUAUCAGUAACAACAAAAAGGCUGGGAUAUUCGGCGAAAUUACAGUGACGUUAUUAAGAUAAACAGUAUAAAUGUAGACGCAAGUUUAGAGAAUUUUGUUAUUUAAAGAAAAAAGAGAGGAGUUUAUUUUUGUGUACUAAUGACAAACAUGGUCAUUAUUUUAAGCGGACGUUGUUAUACUUAUGAAAUCUUCAGAUUCAAAUGUUUGUAUUUUUUUUCACAGUGCUGUUUAAGAGAAUUUGCAUAUAUUUAUAUUUAGCAAAUUUUCUUUUUUAAUUACAUAAACAUUCUAUAUAUUGUUCUUUUGUAUUCUUUAAUUUCAUACAAGGAUUACUAAUACUUCGCCACCUGAUUGCAAUACAAGAGUCUGGGGUAGUUAAGCAAAUUUUGAGACUUUUUGCCAUUCAUUAUGGAAUAGAAAUUAUUUUUAUUUUUGCUGUUUAAGGGUGAUGGAGAUAUAUUUGUUCCAAGAUCGCUGAAUAGAGAAGUAUUUCUCUUAAAAGAUAAAAAGAAAAAUCUCAAGGAUACAAAGAAAGCAUUUUGUGAUUCAUUUUAUCGGCUGUUUAAUGAGAAAUGAUAUCAGUACCUUGUCAUCUUAGUGCAAUAACUGGUUAACUCCUAUUAAAUUUAGAAGGACGUAACCUGUUAUUGCAGUAAGGUGAUGUUGUAUGCUUUUUGAUGGCUUGCUUUGCUCAAAAUUUGGUCUUAAGAUUAACAGCUUUUUUUAGUGUUAAACUUUGUGCUUAAACAUCAAGAAGUACCAUCAUUUCUCAUUAAUGGCCAACAGGGCUUUGCGAAAUUAGUUUUUAAAAUUGUGCAGAAAUAUGGCUAAAAUUUGUGAGGCUAAUGGACCAGUUUGGACUUUUAAACUCAAGUGGUCAUUAGAAAUAUGACAUUGUACAUUACAAAAUGAGGUAUGUGCGUGAUCUUUGUUGAAAAUGAAGGAGUUAAAAAAAUUAGAUUGUUUAAAUGAUGUCAGACUUAACAUAUUUCUAGUGAGAUAUUUUCUAUAUCAUCAUCAAUACAUAGUGCUAUCACAACUGUAAGCUAAAUACAUGUGUAUAAUGUUCACUUUGUGUAAUUAGCUGUGCAGACUUUUUCUUAAGAAAUUAAAGAAAAAAAAUCUUUCACAAA